UAUUUCCCAAAAUCAUUUAAAACCUCGUUCCUUUUAUUUCUUACACAAAAUCAGUACAACAAUGCUAAAUAGUAACCAACGUGCGAAUAUAAUCGAAAUAUGCCGCGUCCUAGCCGAACAAGAAAACCUAAAAGCCACCAUAGUAGAGUCUGGUAAAGGGGCCCUCUUUGUUGGCUUAGCAGCUUUUAUGGGCAGUAUUUUAGCUGGACCCUUAGGUUUAGCCGUUGGUGGUACUGUUUCUUCGGUAGCACUAGCAGUAUCAUCGAGCAACAAAAAAUACAAAUCCGUAGUGGAAAUCAUCAACGAAAUGAACGACGAUCAAAAGAUGCGUUUAAGCCAGUCUGUUACCGAUACGCUGAAGAAUGUCAGGCUCGAAGACUGCGUAGGGCUACUCACUUAUGUCUUAUCCAAUGCCACUACUAAGGAAUUGGUUUUACUCGAGUUGGCGAAUUUCUUGAAGAGAGAAUUUCAAAUGCAAGUGAUGCAUUGAUUGUAUUGCUAUUUUUUUUUUAUCGAUCUGAUUAAUAUAUUUUGUGAUAUGCCAUACCUAAUUAUAUGCAAGCCUAGUGACUGAUGGCUUCUUGAUUUGAAUGUUUUAGGGCCAAAUUAUGGACCUACUGGUAACAACCAGAUGUUUACCAGUCAGUCCAUAAUUUAGCCUUUAAGAGUCCUGUGAUUUAUAUUAAUCCAUUUUAUAUGUUGUUUGUCUAGAGUUUAGAUUAAAACAAAUUAUUAUCAUUAUAAUGUCCUUUUAUAGUUCUAGAUAAUUAAUGUUCUGUUAUUGUACGUAUAAUGCUCAAUUUAUUAUUAAUGUAUGCUCUAAAUAUAGUGUUCUAUUACAAAUAAACCAAAUUUUUUAACAUAAUUUUUAUCCUGAUUUAUUAACAUCUCAA